AUACGCAUUCUAUUACUUGUAAUUAGAUCGUUUGUUUGUUUGCACAUAAUCGUGAUUGGUAUUGUUAAUUUGAUAAAUAAAAGUGACGCAGAAUAUUACACAAAGUGCUAAAAAACGACAAAUGUUAUUGUUAACUGCAAGCAAAUUUUAAAUGUUGCUACAACACUACACUUGCCACAACCAUUAAGUGACACAGCAGAGCUAAUCAAUGUUAUAAACAACGUACAACUCCCCAGCAUUAAUUAGUUUCAUAAGUGAGACAAAGAGCAACGAAACCAACACAAGGAGCAACGGAUCAUGGCGUUCAGGAAUAGAAGCAGAGCAACAGAUGAUCGACAAGUGCUUGUCGAAAACGAACAGGUGCCCUAUCGGGGGAGUGCAAUUGACAAUAAUUUUGGUGGUGCCGGAAAUCCAGACAGAUUUAACCAGCAUGCUGAAUCAAGUGAUGAAGAUGACAUAAAGUGUAUGCCAGCAAUUUUGCCAACAAUGGACAACGAAUUGGAUCCAGAACAAUUACGUAGUCACGGACAAAUAUUAAUGACGGAUGCGCCACCUGAUCGCUAUAACUAUACCUAUGCCGUUUUCUACUUGCUGGGCAUUGCCACCAUGACACCAUGGAACUUCUUCGUAACAGCAGAGGAUUAUUGGAUGUUCAAGUUCCGAAACACCACCAUCAACGAAACCAUCGAUAUUGAACCAGAACUGACACCAAUGCAAAAAAGCUUUACCUGUGAUCUAACGCUCGCUGCAUCUAUUUCGGGCACCACUUUUCUAAUACUUAACGCUAUUUAUGGUCAUCUCGUUUCACUGAAAGUGAAAAUGUUAGCAACACUUUUCACCAUUUUAGGCAUCUUCAUAAUAACCACCAGUUUUGUUGAAGUCGACACCGAUCACUGGCAGGAACAGUUCUUCUUAAUCACAUUGUUUACCGUUGUGAUCAUUAACAUAUGUUCGGCUACAAUGUCUGGCGGCAUAUUCGGCGUAGCCGGUCUCUUUCCAUCACACUAUAUGACUGCUUUGGUGAGCGGUCAAGCCUUGGGCGGCAUACUAUCCGCGCUUGGUUUCAUUUUGGUGCUAGCAUUUGGUGCGGCACCCAAUGUUACUGCGUUCAUAUAUUUCAGCAUUGGUAGUGCUUUGGUGUUACUGUCUAUCAUCUGCUAUGUAAUUAUGUCACAUCAGCCGUUUUUCAAAUAUUAUGUCGAGGGUGGUGAUAAGUACAAAAUUUUGGCCGAUACGCCUUCACACAGUCGCAGUGUUGAUACAGGCGUAGAUUUAGACCCGAAUAUAAGAGAAGUGUUUGGAAAAAUUUACGUUGAAGCCGUGAAUAUAUGUCUGCUUUUUGCGACGACACUCUCCGUUUAUCCAUCGGUGACAGUGCUAAUGCAGUCGGAGAACUACGGCAAAGGACACGCGUGGAAUGAUAUUUACUACAUGCCAGUGGUAAAUUAUCUCUUCUUCAAUUCCGGUGAUUACUUUGGCCGCAUAUUGGCCGGUUUGUGGGAGCGCCCGCGCGAUAAUCCACACACGGUGCUUUUAAUGACUGUGAUACGUCUGCUGUACGUUCCGUUCCUGCUCUGUGCGAACAGUAAUGUGCACAACUUCUUGCCGGUGCUGGUGCACACCGAUGUGACAUUUAUUAUAUUGAUGAUUUCCUUUGGUAUAACUAACGGCUAUUUGGCCAAUAUCAGCUUAAUAAUGGCGCCCAGAUCUGUCAUGCGCCAUGAAAAAGAAAUGGCUUCAUCCAUUAUGGCAGCAAGCCUGAGUUUAGGGUUGGCCGUUGGUUCAUUACUUAGCAUUGCUUUUGUGCAAAUGCUGUAAUACCGUGUGGGUGACGCAAUAUAAUUAGUGCCUUGUACAUAGAAUUAUUAUAUUUUAAAAAAAUAUUUAGAAAGAAAGCGAUUUUAAAUUUCGUAAGGAGAUUAGCUCAGUGAAGGGAGUGCCAAAAUCAAAAAGUUUUAAUUAUUAUCACUAAAAAUUAUUUUUUUUAAAUUUAUUCAUUUUUUAACAAAAAACAAUUUUAAUAUUUUUAAUUUUUUUUUUAAUAAAAAAAAAAACAAUUUUUAUAUUUUUAAUUUCUUUUAAUUUUUUUUUUUUUUUUUUAAUUUUAAUUUUUUUCUAAAGUUUUUCUUUAAAUUUUUUUUUUAAUCUUUCUUGUAUUUUUUGUUUUAAUUUUUUUUUUGUAAUUGUUAUUUUCUUAUUAUUUUUUAAUCUUUCCUUUAAUUUUUUUUUAUAAAAAAGCAUCAAUACCGCACCAUUUAUACUUGACUCAAUAUGUUGUCUGUUUUAUUUUUUUAAUGUCUGACUAAACUCCGUUCAAGCUCCAGAUUUACGUCAGCAGUGUUUAUAUAAAUAUAUAUUUCGACUAUUGCUUUAUAGACUUUUUGUUUAAAAUAAUGUAAAAAGUAAUACUACCGAAAUUAUGUUUUAAGAUAAGAUUAAACAAAGAUAUAAAAUAAUGUUAUAAGUUUCAUCAAAUUCUGUAACAAAUUAUAUAGAACAAUUUUAAACUAAAUAUUUUUUAACACAAAUAAAUAAUGUCUUUUGACAAAAUGCUUUUAACCAA